AUGCAUCAUGCCACUUGGACCAUGUUGAAACAGCUGGUGGUUACCAUCAUGACAUGUGCAUGCCAACAGCUUCUUUUGCAAGCGACCCGCGCGGAGGAGCUGGCAGAACAGAUGCGACUAAUGGACGAGGGAAGGCACCAACACAGAGAGACUUUGGAGCAAGAAGUGGUGCAACAGCGCCAAAAGAUCCAAGGCCUCGAGGGUGCUUUGGUCCAGCUCGGUCAAGACGCCCAGAAGGCGGAAGACUUAGCCCAAGAGCAGAUCGAGGUGUUGCAGGAGCGGUUAAGACACAUGGAGGCCUUGGAAAACCGGCCGGACGUGGCGCGCAUCGAGGAGAGGAACAUGGAGUUGAUGCGAGAAGUUGACAAGUUGCGCUCGCAACUGAAGGCCUACGAGAAGGCGCAGGCACAGCCACCCAGCCCUCCCAUUGAACCUCUUCGACGCUCUUCUAUUGCCUCCAAUGACAGCGAUUUUCGGUCCAAAGUCAGCUCUGUGAAACGUCGGGCCUCGGAACUUCUUCGCCAAGCAGCUGCACCAAACUCGCAGCUCUUGGAUGUUCAGAUCCGUGCUGGGGCCCAAAGUUGGCAAGAAGGUGGCAGUUUCUCUGCUGGCUUGCAUUCCAAUGCAGAUGAGGCAAGCAUACGUGCCGAGCGGCACCAGCUCUCAGUGCUGGUAGAUGCAGCUGCUUGUGACCUGGCAGCAUUGAAGGAAGAAGCCAGCACCCAUCAUGAGCUGCCACCUCAAGUGCUUGAGGAGGUUAUGCAAGAGAUCGAGCUGGCCUGGGCGAACUGCAAAGAUGAAACAGGGAUGCUGCAAAGCAGUAGCGCCCUGGAUGGCAUGUCGGAGGCGCAGCUGCAAAGCUUAGCUGCUGAUCUAGGUUACCUCGAUGGCAGCCAUCAAAAUGCCUGGAAGGAGGAGACCCCAAUGCAUUGGGCAGCUGCGCAUGGCCGGAGGGAUCUUGCAGAGUUUCUUUUGAGGCAGGAUCAAGGGGAAGCCCUUCUGCGAAGAGUGGACCAUGAAGGCCGCAUCCCUGCAGAAGUGGCUGAAAGGCAUCACCAGGUCAGCAUGGCGCAGUUUCUGCGUGGUCACAUGCAGAGAAAGCCUCCAAAGAAGGUGACUUUGGAAGACAGUCUUCCUCCAGCCUACCAGCAAGUCUUGAAACAGGUGGUGCAAGAAGGCUGGGGAUCAGUGCAUUGGAAAGAUGGUUUCACUAUGCUUCACUGGGCGGCUUCCAAAGGGGAGGUGGAAUUAGCUCGAUACCUGCUACAGCUCCGGGCCGAUCCAGAAGCUCGUGAUGACACGCACCACCGGACGCCUUUGGACUGGGCCGAGCAUGAGGGCCACUCCCAGGCAGCAGAGAUGCUUCGGAGACAGAGCAGAAGCCGACUUUCGGGGCGAUUGUCUUCCUCCGGAGGGGCUUUCCGGCAGGCCAGAAGCUCCUUGCCUGCACCUGCAUCGCCCAGCUAUGAAGCUGCCAACCGGCGAAAAUCUGAAGCAAUAAUGCGUCGACGCAGUUCCAGGAGAAAGUCAACCAUCCCAGAGGGCUACUUGCCUGUCUUGGAGGAGAUUGACCAGCGAGGAUGGAACAACAUGCAGUGGACUCGAGGAUUUACACUUCUGCAUUGGGCAGCUCAAAAUGACAAACCUGAUUUGGUGGAGCAGCUGUUCGCAAAGGCAGCCGAUCCCAUGCAGCAAGAUGACGACGGCAGGACAGCCUUGGACUUUGCCCGAGAGUCUGGUAGUCCGGCUGUGGUCGAAGCUUUGCAGCGCUAUGCGCCGCCUCAGGCCAGGCAACAACGAGAGGCGGUCAGAUGUGGAUGA